AUGUCGACGAAGCCGUCGUAUUUGCAACGACUCUUCUACUUCUACCCUAUUGGGAAUACGCCUGCCGUAUGCUUGACACAAUCCCUCCCCCCAGAUCAGGAUGCCUCUCUGCUGUUGCUCGGAUGUGGCGAUAUUCGCAACUUGUUGUUUACAGUAUAUGCAGGGAUGGGCCUGGGGGACCGCAAACUCGACUUCACCUGCUGCGAUAUUGAAGCGGAGAUCAUUGCUCGGAACAUCAUUGCUCUUACUUCAAUAAUCGACGACGAUAAAGCGGGCUCAAACCUUCGAAAUAUCUGGAACAUCUACUACCAUGUCCUCUUAGAUGCAGAGUCUUUGGCAUACCUCCAAGCCCAGGCCCAGAAGCUGAUAGAUACCGCGUCCUCCAUUGAAUCGUGGAACUCGGGCCCUUACGGGGAUUCCAUUCGAUUCUGUGAUACAACCACGUUUGCCAACGUGGUCAAGCUGUGGAAAUUCUAUGCAAUUGAAUCAGCGGACAAGGAAAAAUACACUGAGCAACAAGGGAUACUAAAGUCUCAGUGGAAAGCGGCUCAACAACACAAGGAGUGUGCCCUUGGAAAAGGUCUCAUAUUAGAUAGCCUUUCCACCUUCACUCCACUAUGUGAGAAGGUUAUCGCGACCACCCUGAACCAGCGGAAGAAGUACUGGGAAAAUGGAACUACCCUCGAAGACAAGGGCACUCUUCGCAAUACGACCCUCCUAAACCCCAUGUUCGCUUGCCUUCAGGACGGCCUCAUGUUUCACUAUGGCACUAAUCCUCUUUUGGGAUUCCACCUGGCAACUGCACAUGCACCUCUAUCGAACAAGUCGCCCUUGGCACCCCUAGGAUCCGAUCACGUAGACGCUAAGCCAUUCACAGCCACUGCAAAAGCGGCCCUCGGGCAGUUCUCGGCUUGGUGUCAUGCGUUUCGCGAUGCACAUCACCGGACAACCAUUCGCUACGUAAAUUCGGAUGCGUUGGCUUUGUGUUAUGUGCUCCAGCAUCAUCGAGUGCAUAGAGAGAGCACCUCAGCAAGUUGGUACAGGAACAAUUGGUGCUACCAACCGCUGGUACUUGACACGGCUGACUAUGGUGAUGAUGGAACCGCGCCUACAGCGUUUGAUAUCAUCGAUACAUCAAAUUUGAUGGAUCACCUUGGGAGUCUGAAUCUUCUUACUGCAGCAGCUCCACUCUUAUUCCCGCAGCCCUCAUCGGUAAUUCGGACCGAGGUGUUGUUACCUCGAGAGGAAAAUGUGAAAGAUUCUGUGAAGGCGCUGCUUUGUGGAGACCUCCCCUCCGUUGCCCUGGCUCUUGGCUUGAAGCCCAUUGAGUACUGGACUAACUCUACGGCAACUUGGAAUCCCAACGAAAACCUCUACCAAUCUGUUAGCGGAAAUAAGUUGCAAAGUUUUCUGCCCCGAUACGUCAUUGUGUGGAAGUCUGUGGAUACAUCACCACUCAAAUACGAAGCGAAGAAUCUCGCAGGACUUAUUCACGGCAUCUACCUCGACAUGUUUCAGGAUGAGAACUUUAGCAGGUAUUUUCAAGUGUUCCAACUUCUUGACAACAAUCAAAAACAUGCGAUCGAGAAAUUGAUGCAGUACAAUCUGUACACCCGCGCUAGCUUCGUUGCAGUUCUUCAGAGGGUUAUAGGUUCGGCUCAUGUGAAUGUGGGCGAAGUUCUUGAUGUCAUUCUUAGGAUGAUAACCAACUACCAGACCCCCGGUAUGUCCGGUCACUAUAUCCAAUCUUUGUUUGUGCACAUUUGCACCAUGGCGCUUCCUAUCCCGAGGAAGUACAGUUGGUGGCAACCUAAGUUUUACAACCACGAGCUCAAGACUGGAACAUUUCGAAAUUGGAAAGAUAUUCCCGAGGUAGUGUGCAUCACAAUUGCUGUUCCUCGAAGUGCAUUGACAUUUUUUGAAACUCCUUCCAGGAAUUAUGGCACUCCCGCCUGUCAUAUCAUGGUCCAAUCGGUCAAUAACAUAACCCAAUACAUCUUCCCUGACAUCCAGCUUGGUUUUGGUACCACCACACCUUCGGGAAUACCGUUCACGGAGCGAUACUCUCUCGAGGUUCAGGACGAUUCUAGGGGGUGGGGGGGAGAUUCUCCAUUGAUUGUCUCAGCCAUGGUAUCGUCGUGCGUUCUCAUCGAGCAUGGUAGACCCUCCAAUGGAAUACAAGUUGGUAUCAAGAGCAGUACGUCAACGGUUCAGUUGAUCGAAAAGUUCGGAAUGCUCCUUAUUCUAUAUGAAUCAGGACUCGUUCAGAAGGACGUUUUCGUCACCAAGUACCGACCAAACAUGCGGGGCCAUAUCUCUCUUGGAUAUAAACUCUCUCGGCAACAACCCUCUUGUAACGCUAUAGCUCAAGAUCUUGCAAUUAGCAUUCAGCCUUGCCUCAAUACCUCCAAUACAACUAUUACGUCCAUGACAAUACACGGCGAUGUGACGUCACCAACCGUUCAACAACUUUUGCAGAGCAACGCAAGCGUUGAGUUUCGGCUCAUUGAUCCCUUUCUCCUCGUACUAGAUAUCGGUGGUGGCAAAUUUCGCAAGGAGCUAGAACUCCCAAUGCCUUUAAAUAGUGCUCUCGGGAAAGGGAAAGUAGCCCGUAAAUCGUGCUGGGUGGAGUACACAGCUCCAAUUGUUCACGUGGCUUCUCUGACCCUUCGGCCGGAUCUUAUAUUUCCUAUGCGCGCUGGACAGAGGCCCGGGUUUAUAUUGGAGAAUCUCCAUUAUUUACGCCCUGAUGUAUUGCCGAUCCUUCAAGUGCCACGAGUUCCGACGGCCAUAGAAUGGCUAGCCUCACACACGGCACCACUAGCCACAAUGUCAAAAUCGGAGUUUGCGGAGUUCAUAACGGUGGCAGACACCACUAAGUUUCCCCAGAAUGGUCGUGUGGGCUUCAAGCACUCCAUAUCCGCUCUCUUCCUGCAUUUCGCCGAACUUCAGGGUCGGAAGAAGGCACACGUCUUUCACCUUAGUACCACAGCCUCUGAAGGUAUCAGUAGCUGCAUUCUCUUUCUCGUCAAUGCCUUGCGAAUGGACCUCGCAAAUCAGACUGUGUUUCUGGAUGCCGCCGUUAUCCCUCUCUCCCUAUUCACUCUUCGAAGCAUUAUGGAGAGCCUAGUGAGCAUUGAAAAACGAGGCAAGUUCGUACGGGUCAACACCAAUGAUACGGAAAUUCUUGCUUGGAAGCAUGUUCUUCCUGCCAUGGCUGAACGCUGUCGAGGCUGGAAGCAUAAGUCUACCUGCGAGUAUGUCACCGCCGGUAAGAUUCCUUCCUCUACGGAAUUGGGCAAACCGUUCAUGUGCAACUGCGGCCGUGGCAUCUUUCCCGAGGGCUUCUUGAAAGAUAUGAAGGAAUGGAAGAAGCUUUCCAAGUACGCAACACGAGUUGCAAUCUCGCCCUGUUUCACUUCUCCGGUUAGCAGCGAUGAGAAUGGUGUUACCUUAUCGAAUCUCUUUCCAAACCUUGGCCUGUCUACGAGUGCUGAAGUCAGCGGUGGCCAAGAACGUCUUCGCCCCAACACUGUUAACUUGGAUGUAAAGGAGGGUACCUGCUUCGAAUGCGGUGCGACAAAAUCGACGAAUGGAAAUGUGCUGAUGAGGUGCGCUAGGUGCAGGUAUGCGCAAUAUUGCUCCGCGGAGUGUCAGAAAGUGAACUGGAGCAAGGAGCACAAGCACCUGUGCAAGUACAGAAUGAAAUUGAACGAUACUGCUGGGUAA